AUGAGUUACUUAUAUAAAGAAGAAGAAUCAUAGCAAACUAUGUGUUAAAAUUUGAACAAUCCUUAAGACACUGAUUUAGAAGAUAGAAUUCAUUGUUUACCAGAAAAUGAAUUCUGCUCUAAGAAAAUAGCAAAUCAUAACUUUGUGAUAGGGAUAUCUAAACCAGGAGAACAAAGAAUUGGUUUACAAACUGUAUAGAAGAAUAAAAUCACUGUUAAAGGGAUACUAGGAAUUAAUGGAAAAUAAUGA